AGUUACUAUUAUACUAAAAUAAAAAUAUUUUUCAAACGAAAGUUUUUUUAAGUGAAAUAAGAUCUGAAUGGAAAUAAGAGGAAAUAAUUUGCAUAAAAUAAUUAAAAAUUAUAUAACUUCGUACGAGUACGGUCCAUACCGUACAGUAAUUUUCCCGCGCUUUCAUAUUUAAACUUACAAUUUACCUAAGAAAAAGAAGAAGAAUGAGUUAGCGAGUCGCAUCGUUGCUAUAGUGAUAGAAUAUAAACAUGUCACCUCCAAAACCGCGCUAUUGGAGUGUAGGUUUCGUUUUAUUCGGAAUUUUGCAGUUGGUGUCAGAUUCAGUUGCAGCGCGAUUGUGGCCGAGAUUUAGAGUUAAAACUCUCACUGAUAUUUCUAUUAAGAUAAUAUCGAGCUUUUUGUGAUUUUACCAUUGGAGUUUUUGUUAAUUGGAAUAUUAAGAUUUAUUAUAAGAAUUGAUGAAACAAGCCAAGCAAUGGUUAAUAAUCAUUUUCAUGAUUGAUAUACCCAGAUAACAUCGAUGACCUAUUCUGUGAUAAAAGUUCGAUUAGUAGCAAUUAGUUCGACAUUUAGAACGUAGCUUUUGAAUCAAUAUGGCAACCGAAAAAGAACAAAGAAAUAACCAAUUAUUAACUAGUAUUUUGGAAUUAAUAGGAUUCUUAUUACAUUCCAUAGUGUUAAUUAUAAGUGCCUUGUAUAAAGCAUGUUUGCCAUCGUCUUAUCAAUACAAGAAAAUCCUCGAAGGAGAAAUUACACUCGUAACAGGAGGAGGCGGCGGUUUGGGUAGAUUAUUGGCGCUUAGGUUGUCCAGACUAGGCGCUGUUGUCGUUUUAUGGGAUAUCAACGAAAAAGGUAUAGAAGAAACUGUUAAUUUAGUAAAAGGUGUAGGUGGCAAAGCCUACGGUUACAAAUGUAAUAUAGCAGAUAGAAAAAAUGUAUACGAGGUAGCUAAAAAAACUCAAGACGAAGUUGGUGAUGUUUCUGUUUUAAUUAAUAAUGCGGGUGUAGUAUCAGGCUACUCUUUACUCGAUACUCCUGACGAUUUAAUUCAAAGGACGUUCGAUGUAAAUAUUGUAGCACAUUUUUGGACUGUUAAAGCCUUCUUGCCUAAAAUGAUAGAAAGAGACCGUGGCCAUAUAGUUACUAUAGCUUCGUUGGCCGGCCAUAUUGGCGUAUCGAAAUUAGUCGAUUACUGCGCUUCCAAAUACGCAGCGGUCGGUUUCGACGAAUCCCUAAAAUCUGAACUAUUCGAAAUGGGCGUCGAAGGCGUUAAAACGACCGUCGUUUGCCCUUAUUUCAUUCAACAGACCGGUAUGUUCGAAAACGUCAGUUCUAAAUUUUUCCCGACGUUGAAAUCCAACGACGUCGCCGAUAGAAUCAUCGAUGCUUUGAGAAAAGAAGAAGAUUUAGUUAUAAUACCCGGUUACAUGAGGUGGUUUUUACCACUAAAACUUUUAAUACCACGUUCGGUCUUGAAUUUAUUUACAAAAACUAUGUUACCUGACGCUUCGCCACAUCACCCGUCAACCCCAAUAGUACAAAUAAAAAAUUCGACGAGUGCAGGUCUUCAUAAAAGUGAAAUGAAUAACACGCUAAGCGAUUCUAUAAAGCAAACUCAGCCCAGUUUAACAACAAAAGGAAAGGAUCUUUGAAAGAUUUUAUGCAAUGAAAUUUUAUUGUGUAAUAUAUACAUUUGUUUUUGAAAAUUA